AAGUAUCAAAAUGGUUCUCUUUGUAUAAGAGGAAAGUAUUUACAUUGUUUAAUUCCUCAAGUUUAUUGAUGGUGGUUUAACUUGCACCUAAGUACACAAUUCUACUAAUCCAUUGACCAAUAAUAGAUCUCUUUAAAUUGUUUUGGAUUAUUUUUUUGUUGAUGAUCUAUCGAAAACAUCUCUCUAAUCUACGUUCCCGGACCUCACUUUUUGAAAAGUUUUACCCAUAGCUUAAGGAAUAUAUCUAUACUAUUCCUAACUUCCAAGUCUCAUUUCACAUCCAAAUAGAUCUCUUUCUAACUAUAAAUCUAUUAUAAUACAUGAAGCUUUUCCUCUUGAGCUUUCUCCGCCAUUGUUACCUUAUUUUUUCAUUAUCUUCAAAUUAUGGUGUUCAAGAAAAUUGGUCAAGGAGUUCUCCAUAUUUUGGGUGGAGCCAUUAACAUAAUUGGUCAACCUUUCCAUGGAAAAGACGAGGAAAUUGAACAUAAAAUAAUAGAAGUAUGUUAUGACAAGUAUUUUAGAACGACAGUGGCUGAUUUUUACCAUUCGCUUUGCGAUGCGGUCCAAGAAAUUAAUAGAAUGAAGGGACGUACACAACUCAAGAUUCCAAGCACUGCAGCUAUAAAACGAGUAUAUUGGAAGUACAAAGUGGAAGGAAGAAAAAUGUCAAAGGAAGAAUUUGGUAUCAUGAAGGCUUGGGAGGCAACUAUAAGGAUAACACAAGCUGCAACAAGGAAACGUGCCAACACGAUUUUCGGUACACAAGGUCCAUCACCAACAGAGGAAGAAAAUGAGCCAGAGGAACAAGAACAGGUAGAUGAUCACGCGAAUGGUGAAAUCUUUCAUGCUGAGAGGUUUCUUCCGAAUGGUGAUUACUAUAGUGGUUAUUGGCUUGACAAUUUCCCUCAUGGACAAGGGAAAUAUUGGUGGACGGAUGGAUGUAUGUACGUUGGAGAUUGGUUUGGUGGCAAAACAAUGGGGAAAGGUAUGUUUAGUUGGCCCUCGGGGGCAAUGUACGAGGGGAAUUUCAAGAGUGGAUUUAUGGAUGGAGAGGGUACCUAUACGGGGCCUAAUGGUGAUACGUAUAGGGGUUGUUGGGUGAUGAAUUUGAAACAUGGACACGGGGUUAAGGAGUACGUAAAUGGGGAUUGUUAUGAUGGUGAAUGGUGUAGGGGAUUACAAGAAGGGAAGGGGAGGUAUACAUGGAAAAAUGGGAAUUAUUAUGCUGGUGAAUGGAAAAAUGGAACAAUGUUUGGUAAAGGGAAAAUGUAUUGGACUAAUGGGAAUGUUUAUGAAGGGAAUUGGGAAGAUGGAUUUCCUAAAGGAAAUGGUAUAUUUAGAUGGACUGAUGGAAGUUUUUAUGUUGGAAAUUGGAGUAAAGAUCCAAAUGAACAAAAUGGUACAUUUUAUCCAUCUGGUUCAUUGUUACAAGGUGGAAAUCUUGAAUGGGAUCCUCAACAAGUUUUCAACGUCGAUUUGGUAGAAUGUACUAUAUGUCCACCUGAAAAAGUUCCAAUUUUGCCGUCACAGAAGAAACUCGCGUUGUGGAGGUCAUCUAAGGCUGUGGACAGCAAUAUUAAGCCUAGGAGAAUGUCGUUGGAUGGGAGAAUAGAUGCACCACCUGUUGAUAGGGAGUUUGGUAGAAGUCGUUUAUCAGAUGUUGCAGGAACUUCUGCCAGUACUUCUUAUUAUUUGGACGAUUCCAUCGUUGGCUUGCAGGAUCCUGCUGGAUAUUUAAGAGGAAGUCCUAUAAGAAUUCCUAAAGUUGUUAAGAGACAAGGCCAAACUAUUUCCAAAGGGCAUAAGAAUUAUGAGCUUAUGCUUAAUUUGCAAUUGGGAAUCAGGGUAUCAGUGGGACGGCCUGGUCCUCCACCAUCACUAGAUCUCAAGCCAUCAGCAUUUGAUCCUCGAGAGAAGUAUUGGACUAGAUUUCCAACUGAAGGAUCCAAGAUCACGCCUCCUCAUCCGUCUUGUGAAUUCAGAUGGAAAGAUUAUUGUCCAAAAGUUUUCAGGGCAUUACGGAUGUUAUUCAAAGUGGAUGCAGCUGAUUAUAUGAUAUCAAUUUGUGGUAAUGAUGCCCUCCGGGAGCUUUGUUCCCCUGGAAAAAGUGGAAGUUUUUUCUACUUGACAAACGAUGAUCGAUAUAUGAUCAAGACAAUGAAGAAGGCAGAAACAAAAGUGCUAUUAAGGAUGCUUAGCGCGUAUUUCAAUCAUGUUCGCGCUUUUGAGAACACCCUGGUGACUAAGUACUAUGGCCUGCAUUGUGUGAAGCUAAGUGGACCAGCACAGAAGAAGGUACGUUUCGUUAUCAUGGGGAACCUCUUUUGCACAAAUUACUCAAUUCAUAGACGAUUCGACUUGAAAGGAUCAACAUUCGGGAGAAUGACGGAUAAACCAGAAUCCGAGAUUGAAGCAACAACAACCCUUAAAGAUCUUGAUCUCAACUUCAUCCUCAGGUUACAAAAGACAUGGUUUCAAGAAUUUUGCAGGCAAGUUGAUAGAGAUUGUGAUUUCUUGGAACAAGAGGGAGUGAUGGACUACAGCCUUUUAGUUGGUAUUCAUUUUAGAGAAGCAGAUAGUACUGAAGAUCAGACACCUUCUGCAUCACUUCUCUUUGUUGCAGAUAAUGGAAGCUCGGAAAAUGAAACAGUUGCUCGCCUCUCUCGAGCUGAUAUGGAUCAAUUGCUUCUUGAUCAAGCAGGGUGGGCUAGCAUAAAACUAGGAAUAAACAUGCCUGCAAGAGUCGAAAGGACAGAGAGGAAAGUUACUGAAGGGGAAAUUCAGCUAAUCGGAGAACCAACAGGAGAGUUGUAUGAUGUGAUACUGUUUUUCGGGGUCAUAGACAUACUUCAAGACUAUGACAUUACAAAGAAGCUAGAGCACGCGUACAAGUCUAUGCAGUGUGAUCCAAACUCGAUAUCAGCAGUUGAUCCAAAGGCAUACUCAAGGCGUUUUCGCGAUUACAUAUUCAAAGUUUUUAUACAAGAUACUUAAUUCACAUGAAAUUUAUA